AUGAUUGUACACUCAGUGCAGCCCCUGAGGCGGAUAUGCAAGAAGUCAGCUGUAUGGACUCUGGGAGUAUUUAUUGCAGGAAUAAUUCUAAAGAAGAAUCGAGUCCAUCAUGAAUCCCAGAGGAAAUGGUUGAAAAUUUCAUUUUUGGGAUCAUCUGGUCUACUUGCCACUUUAUUGUGGAGCUUUUUGAAUGGUGAUGAUGGUGUCACUGAAGUUCUGGCUCAUCAUAAUGUUCUACAGAACAGAUUUAUUGAGGUGAUUUGUUCUGAGGAUUAUGACAGUCACAAAAGAUUUGAAGGGUGUACACCUAGAAAAUGUGGCAGAGGCAUAACAGAUGUAGUCAUCACCAGAGAGGAAGCUGAACAGCUACGUCGUAUAGCUGAAAAGGGAUUAUCACUAGGAGGAUCUGAAGGAGGGGCUUCCAUCUUGGAUUUACACUCUGGAGCACUUUCUUUUGGAAAGCAUUUUGUAAAUCUGUACAGAUACUUUGGGGCAAAAAUCCAAGAUAUCUUCUCAAAAGAAGAUUUUCAGUUAUACCGUGAUGUGAGGCAAAGAAUUCAACAUACAAUCAGUCAAGCUUUUGAUAUCAACAUUUCAUCCAUGUAUCUGACAAAGCCUACUUUCUUCUCCCGGAUAAAUAGUACAGAGGCCAAGACAACUCAUGAUGAAUACUGGCAUCCUCAUAUUGAUAAGAUAACAUAUGGUUCCUUUGAUUACACCUCAUUACUAUAUCUCUCAGAUUAUAUGGAAGACUUUGGUGGAGGACGAUUUGUGUUCAUGGAAGAAGGUCUCAACAAGACUGUGGAACCAAGAGCUGGUCGAGUCUCCUUCUUCACUUCAGGUUCAGAAAAUCUCCAUCGUGUAGAGAAGGUCCACUGGGGUACUCGGUAUGCAAUCACCAUCUCUUUCACCUGCAAUCCUGACCAUGGCAUUGGGGACCCAGUGUUUCUUUAAAAUAAGGGUCCCAAUGGGUGCAAGGAAAUGUUAGCAGCUACUUUGUGGGGAAUAUCACUUGUCAACCUGAAAAUUAAUAAAAACAAUCAAUAUAACAAAA